CUACCAAGCGCCGACUCAAUCUACACAACAAGUGCGUCCAAACGGCCGCGGAAAGAAAUUGUGACUUCUGAAUUUUAUUUUAGGAACAAAAUCGGACUCAUCUAGUCUGGAUAUCACUCGGUAACUUCGAAGGACCUUUUUUUCUGAGUGAUCUGUUUCCUCCUGUUACGAAGUUGGUUUUCUGAGGACGUAUUACAGUGACACUUCGUCGGCCUGAGAGAUAACGGGCAGAUCCGACCCCUGAUCUCAACCAGAUUCCGCCUGGAUCUCUAAAAUCCACCGUUAAUUCCACCGUUAAGUGGCUUCGUUGCUGUAGGAAUUCGGGACAUGGCCGCCUUAGCAGGGGGCAUUCCCAGGAUGGUGCGCCCCACGCCACCUCAAAACUACCCGAGAGGGGGCUAUUCGCUCGAAGUUUCAACACCUUUAGGCCAGGGCCGAGUAAACCAGCUCGGCGGUGUGUUUAUUAACGGACGCCCGCUGCCCAACCAUAUUCGCCAUAAGAUCGUGGAAAUGGCGCAUCACGGGAUCAGGCCGUGCGUCAUCUCACGCCAACUGCGCGUCUCACACGGCUGCGUUUCCAAAAUCCUGUGCAGGUACCAGGAGACAGGAUCCAUCCGACCUGGCGCUAUUGGAGGUAGCAAGCCAAAGCAGAACACCACCCCAGACGUGGAUAAGAAAAUUGAGGAAUACAAGAGAGAGAAUCCGGGAAUGUUCAGUUGGGAGAUCCGAGACAAGCUACUGAAAGACGGCAUCUGUGACAGAAACAACGUGCCCUCAGUCAGCUCGAUCAGUCGCAUUCUGCGCUGUAAGUUUGGAGGAAAUGGGGAGGAUGAGGAGGACGAUGAUGAAGUUGAAAAGCGGGAGCUUGAGGAAAACGAAAGACGUGCAAAACACAGCAUUGAUGGCAUUCUGGGUGACAGAUCGAGUCAUUCAGACGAGGGUUCCGAUAUAGACUCAGAGCCAGGUCUGCCCCUGAAGAGAAAACAGCGCCGCAGUCGCACGACAUUCACUGCCGAGCAGCUUGAGGAGCUGGAGAGAGCUUUUGAGCGCACACACUACCCUGACAUCUACACACGCGAGGAGCUCGCCCAAAGAGCCAAACUUACUGAAGCAAGAGUGCAGGUGUGGUUUAGCAACAGACGGGCUCGCUGGAGGAAGCAAGCAGGGGCAAAUCAGCUGAUGGCAUUCAAUCACCUGAUUCCUGGAGGAUUCCCACCAUCGGCCAUGUCCAGUUUACAGCCAUAUCAGCUUCCAGAAAGUCCUUACUCUGCAUCAUCUAUACCACAAGCAUUAACAGAACAAACCAGCACAGUGCACAGACCCCAGCCUCUUCCACCAACUUCAGUGCACCAGAGCGGUCUAGCGACCACCCCGGGAGCUCAGGAUGCUACUUCAGCCUACUGCCUCUCUUCAGGUCGUCAUGGCUUUUCAGGCUACUCAGACAGCUUUGUGCCAGCACCAAGCCACUCUAACCCGGUUAACCCUGCUAUUACCAACGGUCUCUCAACACAGGUGAUGGGACUGUUAAACCCGGGAGGUGUACCUCACCAGUCGCAGGGAGACUUCUCUCUCUCCCCUCUCACUGGUCCUCUGGAGCCUAGUGCCGGCAUGGCUGCCAGCUGCCACUCAUCACAGAGACUGGAGUCUCUGUCCGGACUGGCUAGCAUGCCUUCUCUGCCCAGCUCACAGUCUUACUGCCCACCCAGCUACAGCUCGCCAGCCUACAGCGUCGACCACAUGGCACCAUACCAAUACAGCCAGUAUGGGCAAAGUAAGGUGCCUUUCAUUAUCUGAAACCCAACAUCAGCUGAGCAGGAAGAUGCUAGCAGGAGAAAAGAGGGAAAAUUCCGGAUGUUCUGAGAGAAACCACCUGCUUUUUAGCUCUUCCCCUGACCUCUGACAUCCACUUCCAGAUUCAUGCCUUCCCACAAACCCCCGCUGGCAUCACGGCAGUUCCAACUCAGCCGCACCACCCAUUCAUGCUGGGUUGGUUAUCAUUCUGAGUGAUUCAGGUUUAGUGUGGAUAAUAAGGACCAAAGGCCUUCUGUGGUUAGUGCUCUAUUACAUGCCUGCAAAUGUGUCCAACACAAAGCUUACUCGACCAUUCCCAAAGAACGCCAUGUAAGCAGUGUGAGAGCCCGGGAGCUGGACAAGGAGUUGAAAAACAAUUUUUUAAAUAAAAAUAAAGCCUGGAUAUUUAACCUGAAAAGACCAGCAGAGAAAUGUGUAGGGUCAGACAACUGAAACCUAUAACUUCACAUUACUCAUCACAAGAACGUCUUGUUUGACUCGUGAUGCGUUUGGGGAAAUAAGGGCUCCUUUUUUGGGUGUGAGGUGUGUGUAUCAUCUUCUGUCGAUUUUAUCAACAUUAUUCACAAUUGUGUGCGUAAUAGAGAGAUAGAAAGCUCCUAUGCCCUCAAAAGUCUGAUGGAAUUUCACUUAUGUCAAAUGUAUCAAUGAAAGAAAGACACGUCCCACUUACCCAUACAAUUACAGUAUAGAUAAAAGUAGACACUGAUACCUAAAAGCAACUAAAAUUUCAUUGUGUAAAGACAUAUUAAAUGUUUGCCAUAGGAGAAAGGAGGGGAGAAAAGGAUAUUGUGUAUGAGAGAAAGAAAAGGGUAAAGUAGCACAAACUGAAAUCCAAAGAAAGUGCAAUAUACACAAUUUAUACCUCAUACACCAAUCUCUUAAUUUAAUGAUUUACAUGUAGAUUGUGAAGGAGCAAUAGGGAGAAGUUCCUAAUGAACAGUAUGAAACACUAUGAAAAAUAGCACUCAGAGACAGUAGCUGUGGACCCUAAACUGGAAAAAUGUAUUUCCAUUUAACAGGACUCAGGUCUGCCAAAUCUUACUCUCCUAACACUUUUCAGACUCCACAACCUGCCAUGGUGUUCUUUAAUGCCUUUUAAAUUAUCAGCACAUUUCUGCGAAUAUUAAGAUAUUUUAAUCUUAAAAUGUUAGGAAUAUUACAAUUGAAGCAAAAAUAAAAAAUAAAAAUAAUGUGGCAUAAAGAGACUUUAUUUUAAAUAGGGACAGGUUGUAUAAUACAGACCUAGUUUAAAAAUCCCAACUGAUAAAAAAAAAAUCCAGAAAAAAAUGUGUAUUGCUGAUUGAACUUCCAAUAAACCUCUUAAAUUUGAUAUUAUCUAAUUGGGGUAAUGUAAAUAAGACAGAGAGUUGUUUUACAUCAGACAUAUUCAUUUGCAUUUUCCUAUUUCUGAGUUGACCCAUCUUUACAUGACUGUCAAGUGAGAAAAAAAGUACUGUGUGCCUAAAACGCAACACCACCUGUUUUUAAGUCUUAAAUUCCAUGCCGAAGGUUAUUUUUUACAUCUGCUUUUUAUACUUAUAUGAUUUUUUUUUCUUUAAGACUGCAUUCAAUUGUUGUUGCAAAAUGUCUUGUGUUAAA